UGCAGUUUUACUGCUGCAGUUACAGACUUGGAAAGUAAAAAGAACUGUUCCAACUAAAUAACGCGAGGCGAAAUCAUUAAAUUAUUAUUAAACGAGCUUGACUUGUGGAUAAUGGAAUUAUAUUAUAUAUAUUUUCUGCAUACUGCAAAUAUUGUUACACAUUCGGAAUGAAACAGAACAUUAUAUUUUUGUGUUUAUUGUGGAAAUAUUCGGACGCCGUAUCAGAAGUCAGUAAAAUUUAUAACUUGAUGGUGCUGAAUGAAGAAACAAAUACAAAUAUGAACGACUACUGGGAGUCUGGUUUUAGUGACAAUGAUCCGACUGGCGAUAAACAUUUAAGCUCAUUAUAUGAUGUUUUAGUUCAUGGGAAUUUCAGAAGUGCCCUAGUGGAUGACUGGUUUCUGGAGCCACCACAUGAGGUUGCCCUGUUACUGUUUAAUGGUGUUGGCGAUUUACAUUUCUGGAUGGUUUUUAAUACAGAAAAUUCAUCAGAAGUUUUUCAGUCAUGGAUGACAGCGGAGAGACUAGUUGGUACCUCUUCUCCGGUUAUGUCAUCUAGUCACACCAGUAUAAAAUGGAAUAUUCCUGGUUACCAGUUUGUCCUGUGUCCUUUAUUAACGACGCCUCCAUGCUGGUUUGCCGUCACUGACAGAAAUAUCAGAAAUAAUAGCAAUUUGCAUCCCUACUUUGUUAUUCCAAUGAAUUCGUCAGAUCCGUUUGCUGUUUUAUCAGAAAACCAAAAUGCUGGACCAUAUCAAACUGUUUUGAUUAAAACAUUUCAAUAUACCGGAGUGACCACGGUUGAGAUUGAUUUGGUUCCAGACUUUGGUCCCGGUCCUGUCUACAUUAGCCAAAUCGAAGUAACAAACAUAGCAACAAUCUAUUUAGCGAAAGAAGACUUUACAUUUGAGUACAGUAUUGACGAUUGUGCACUACAGAAUAGAGUUGAAUAUCGUCACUUAACAGAUAGAAACCUAACGAUUUUUAAAACAAGUGUUAUAAAUAGGAUAGAAACGUUACUCGUUAGAUGUCUCUGGAUUACGUUUGAAAGAAAAAUGUGGAGUAUAAAGGUCAACGUGUACGCUCCAAGUCCAGAAGAUGAUUUCCUGAUCUUUCCUAUUGUAUUAAUCCGUGGAUUUUGGUACACUGAUUCUUUACCGUACGGUACAUCACAAGCUGCAAAUAACCUCUUGAAAACAUUAAACGACAAGACGGGUACAUCAGCUACAGAAUCAAAUACUGCAACAUUAACAGCAACUGAAAUUAAAACAAGCAUAGAAACAGUCACGGAGAGAACAAAUACUCAGAACAAUCAACAUACGACUAUAGUAGCUACUACCAGAAAUACGUCACCGGAAGUCAGUUCAGGAUUCACAUCUCCAGAAGUAACAACACCUUCAUCGCUGAAUGAUAACCUGCUGACGUCAAGUUCUUCUUCUGCAUGCUUAUGUUCUUGUGUCGCUGGAAUGAAUUUCGACUUAGAAACUAGAUUAAGGGAGCUGAAAUUAGCUCUAGCAGUUAAUAAAACAACUCUGUCGUCUUAUCGGAGAAGAUUGAUAAGUGCAGACGAUAAUAGCCGAACAUCUUCAUAUCUUGGUUAUUUUGCAGGCACUAUUUUAAGUUUGGUGCUUUUUUUUAUUUUACUCCUUGAUAUGUCAUCCUUUGCCAAACAUAUUAAAUGUAUUCAAAGACGAUCUACAAGAAUAACAUAAUUAAACCUUUUAUCUGGUCCUUCUGAACAUGCAUCAUUGUUGAUCAUUGUUAUGCCAUGUUGAUAGAUUUAUUAAAUUAUGAUUUUUCAAUAAAUAGAAUUAGGUCAUUUUA